AUGAUUGCACCAAGACACCCCUCCAGCGGUCAAGAGACCGACGAAAGUAUCCAAAUCCAUCUGAUGCAGCCAAAAGAUUCAAGUCCCGCUUUACCUACGACCGAGCCACAAGAGGUUCAUCCUGGAGUAGAUUCAUCUCAACUUCACGAGGAUCAUCCAGCGCGCUACGAAUUGCUUAGCUCUUCGAACAAACAGAGGAACCGCCGGCCUCUGUUAGCCGCUCUCAGAAGUUGGGGCUGGGAAGCUGCUGGAAUAAUUGUAUCUGCUGCCAUUAUCAUUGCCAUUGUUGCUAUCCUUCGAAAAUAUAAUAGGCGCCCACAACAGGGUUGGAAGCACAUUUCCCUCAAUUCUGCCAUUUCUUGGCUAAGCACCCUCGCGAAAGCUUGCGUGGUAUUCUCGGUUAGCCAAGGAAUUGGUCAAUUGAAAUGGGUUUGGGUUUCAAAACGCAGUCGACCAUUAUCCGAUCUAGAUGCGUUUGACAUGGCAAGCAGAGGAGCCACUGGAAGCAUAGCCUUGCUUGGAAGCCUAUCUAUGGUUUUGGCAAUAGGGUUUGACCCUUUCAUCCAAAAUUUAGUGCACUAUGUGCCAGGUAACAUUGACAGCCCUUCAGAGAUUUCAAUCCUUGGAAAUACAUCAUUAUAUAACACAGUAGGACCAUUGACAGGAGGUGACACAUAUUACGUGGAUCCCAUUCUAAAGGCAAAUGUCUAUAGCGCCUUGUUCAACACAGACCCAGCGCAGCCAUGGGCAGUUCCACAAUAUACAUGCCCGACGGGAAACUGCACUUGGGACCCCAUCGCAACUUUGGAAAUCCGUGCUCUUUGCUCUGAUCUCACAUCGAGUCUGAGCACGUCAUGCACCCAAGGGCAGAGGUACACCAACUGCACUGUAUCACUGGACAGCGGCGUCGCAUUAUGGUAUCUGACUAGCGGUGGCGCUGCCAGGCCUAGGGUCAUCAAUGUGCUAUCAGGAAGCUCUAAGACGUUCUAUAAGAAUAGCAGUUUCCCGGUUAUACAGUAUAUUUUGGCAAAAGGGUCAAAUGACAACCCAUCUGUGGGUGGCGGAAUAUCUACUGAGAUUGGGGACAAUACUCAAUUUGUCGCCACAGAGUGUGUCCUUCAACCAGGAAUUCGAAGUUUUCGAUCGACCGUGAUCAUGGGGAAAUAUCAAGAAACGCGGCUUGCAGAGUGGCCUGUGCUGAAUAACACGGUUGAGCAUCUCAGCUAUGCAUAUACCUUCACACCACCCUGGAAUGAGAGUCUGGGAGCAAAAGAAAAUCAAACUUUCGGUCUAGGAUUUGAGGCAUGGAACUCAAUCUCUGUUUUCCUUGAAUUCCUCUUCGCCGGCUAUAUCUCUGCCGGCUCGGACGCCUUCAAUUUUCAGCCAUUGCAAUCGGGGGGCUCAUAUGCUACGACUGAUGCCUUGGAGGCCGUCUUCUAUGGCAAAUUUACGGGUACCAAUUGCCGAGAUACCGACCAAUUGUCUUGCGCCAUGAAGAAUGUUGCUGCUGCUAUGUCCAAAACUAUAAGGGACUCCGCCUUUACUUACAGCACCAGUUAUCAACCAAUUGAUUUCACCGAGGCAAACACAACUACUGGAAAGACUCAAGUCUCGGUCUCAUUUGUGGACGUUCACUGGCAGUGGCUCGCUCUUCCGGUUAUUGUCUGGGUUCUGGGAGUACUAUCUUGUGUUUGUACCGCAUGGAUGACCUGCCAAGCUCAUAUACAAACCUGGAUGAAUAGUGUCCUGCCUUUUAUCUUCCUUCAUCUCGAUCGCGACAACAUCGUCAAUUUUCAGGGCGGGGAUAAUGAAAGUAGGGAGCCACAGAUCAUGGGAGAGCAAAGCAGGAACCAAAGUGGCACGAAGCGUUAUCGUUUGGUUGGAUGUGACGAUUCUGUAGAAGCAUGUCUUCAGACAGCAAAAAAGACCCAGGCAAGGCUUCAGCCCGGACAAUAG